AUGUACUAUACUCUGAUAGAGCUGCAAACCGCACACGAUGCAGAAGCACCAAAAGAUCAUACAAAAAUCAUAAACAUAUCAUAUCAAUUCAUAAACCAAUCGACACUACAGGCCUCUUUCCCCGAUGACAAAAUUCCAAACAUAGAUUGUACAACACUUCCACUAUCUGAAUCCAUUGCACUUUUACAAAAAGACCUUGAGUUAAAUCUCCCUAAUGGAGAAGAUUUUGUCUUAUGUUCACUGAAUUCUACUUGGGAUUUACGUGUCACAAUUUCACGUCAGGCAAAGGAUGAGCAAUACACCUUGCCAACUUUUUUUAAAUACCCAAGAAUAUUCGAUUUGUGGAAGGAAUUUGAUAGGUGGUGUGUAAACCAUAAAGAGCUAGUUCAAACAAGAGAUCCUCGUAAACUGAAAGAUUUGAAACAACUGGCAACUCUAUUACAUAUCCCAUCCGUGGAAACACUUUCCUCCAUUAGUCUCGCAUCCAAAGUAUUAGUUCAGUUACAUGAGAAAUGUACAACUGAAGAUGAUCAAGAGAAAGUAUUAACUUCACCUUACGAUUCUAAAUUAGACUGGGAUAUUUUUAUCGAGACUAGUUCCACAGUAUUAUAUAUGAACAAUUUACCGCCAGAUACAACUCAAAGUGAGUUAGAGACAUGGUUCACCCAAUUCGGUGUUAGACCAAUUGGAUUUUGGACUGUCAAAAAUAUAUUAGAAGAUACUUCUAUUAUUAAUAAUAAUUGGUGUGUUAAUAAUAGCCCGUAUGUUGAGGAAAUUGACAGCAUCUCUGGUUUUAUUGUCUUUUCUACUCAUAAAGAAGCUAUUGAUGUAUUAACAUUAAAUGGACACUCAAUUUUAUCAAAUAUUGCAAAUACAAAACAGCCAAGAGUAGUGGAACAUGUAGUGGAAAUUCAGCCUUCUUCGCCAAAAGUAAUGGAAAGAAUCCAAUCAAUAUUAACACCAUUUCCACAGAGUAAAAAUAAGCCAAGACCUGGUGAUUGGAAUUGUCCAUCUUGUGGAUUUUCUAAUUUCCAAAGACGAACUGCGUGUUUUAGAUGCUCUUUCCCACAACAGCAAGCUGUGGGGUCUUCACAGAAGAAUGACAAUAAUACUCCAAAUAAUAAAAAUAAAUCUAAUAACAAUUAUUUCGAAGAUCUUCAAAGACAUUUAUAUUUAAAUUCUUUUCAAAAUAAUAAUAAUAAUAAUAAUAAUAAUAAUAAUAAUAAUAAUAAUAAUAAUAAUAAUAAUAAUAAUAAUAAUAAUAACGGCAGUAGUACUACUACUAAUAAUAAUAAUAGUAAUAAUACUAACAGUAAUAAUAAUAAUUCUAAUAUUAACAAUAACAAUACUAAUAAUAGUCAUAAUAGUAUUAACAUUAAUAAUUAUAAUUCACGUUAUAAUAAUAUGGCUGCAAGCAAUGGUUCAAAUGUCCCUUUCAGAGCAGGUGAUUGGAAAUGUCUUACUUGUGGAUAUCAUAAUUUUGCCAAAAAUAUAGUUUGUUUACGUUGUAGUGGUCCUAAAUCUGGAUAUCAGUCGAACAGUUAUUCGAAUAACUACAAUUCAAGUAACUACAAUAGAUAUGUACAGCAAAAUAGACAAUCAAAUAAGACAAAGCAAGUGGAUACUCAAAUUGCUACUCCUUUAAGCAACAAUGUAUCGAGUUCAUCCAUCAAUAGUAUAAGCUCCUCAUCUUAA